UUCCCUCUGAGAACAUCCUGUUUGAAGCCUCGCAAUGGCGAGGUACUGUUGAUCAAUUGUUAGGUGUGGUCUUGGUUUCAUGAUGUCAAAAUGUGAACAGCAUGAUGAAGAGGACUGUUUAAAUACCAAUUCUAAAUGAACCAGAAAAUUUAUUGGUCGAUUCAUGGAUUCGGCUUUCGGGUGAACUUUUUUCAGUUUACUGAUGCAACCAGAGAGACCAAAGAAUUUACAGACACCGUUCUGAUCGUCAUGGCCUGUGAACAGCGCUUGCGGACUCAUCAGGAGUCACAGAUGCUGCCACAUGCUGUUGCCACAGAGCAGCAGUCACUCGUGGUUGUUAAGAAAUUACUAGCUAUCGCUGUCUCCAGCAUCACUUACCUUCGGGGUCUUUUUCCAGAAAAAGCAUAUGGGAGUAAAUAUGUUGAGGAACAGAAAGUGAUGAUUCUUCGAGAGGAGCGGACUUGCCCUGGUGCCAGUCAGAUUGUACAGUGGUUGCAGGGAUGUUUUGAUGCCAUUCAGAAGAGAUACCUCCGAAUGAUUUUAUUAUCCAUGUAUUCUGAUCCUGAAUACCCAGAGAAAGUAACAGAAUGCUACCAGUUUAGAAUUCAGUACACUGAAAAGGGACCUCGGCUGGAUUUUGAAAGCAAAAACCAGAAGAAUAUGACUAAGAUGGACUGCAGUGACAUAAAGAAAUCCAGCAUUCUGCUGGUGCGUAAACUGUACAUGCUGAUGCAAAACCUCGGCCCGCUCCCUGAUAGCGUGUGCCUCAACAUGAAGCUCUUCUACUAUGAUGACGUGACUCCACAUGACUACCAGCCACCGGGCUUUAAAGAAGGAGAAAACAGCUCGCUGGUCUUUCAGAAAGAGCCGGUGAAUCUGACCAUGGGAGAAGUUGUUACGCCUUUCCACACCCUAAAAGUGGAUGUGACCACUGAGAGGGAGAGACUGGAACAGGUAGACAAUGAGGAACCAGUAUGUGCUCGGGAUAGAUGGAAAAUAAACGAAGAUGAAAUGGUUUGUGUGUCAAAGGUUCAGCAUGAGAUUGUAUCUAAAGAAAAUGUUGUUAUUGACACUGGUAUUGAGAACUCAGAUCUGAGCAAAGAGGAGAUGCUGGAGAAUUCACAGUUCAUGGCAGACAGUCUUGUAAAGAAGACAACUGAUCUCAGUGUGGCUGCCAGGAGAACAAGGAGCGGCCGAGUCUUCAAUUACUCUGACAAGAAAGAUGGUACAGUUUCUCGAGCUACGGAAAAGAAACCAGUUUCUCAGUUUCAGUUUCCACUUAGUCAAGACCUUUUGCCUGCUGCUCCAAAGAGGCGCAAGUUCAGUGUCCCUAAAGAAAACCACUAACGCUUUGCCAGAAAACAUUGUAACGUUCCCAGGACAGCUAGGGCAUCAUAGGUGCAUAUAGCAUUAACUUCAUAGCUUGAAUUCCAGAUGUUAAACGAUCCAUUGUAAUAGUAAUUAAAGGUACUUGUAUUUCAGGAAUGAUGUGUUUGUUUUUAAAUCAAACCUGUUUUCAAGCAUACAAAUAGAAAUUGUUGAGUUUGUUUGUUUAUUUGAUUUUACCCUAUAUUGAGUGAUACCUAUAUCCAGCAUGUUUUAUUUGAAUUAUAAAUGCAUAUGUGUUUAUUUUAAUAUUUAUAUAGUUUAAACUUUUGAAAAUAAAAAAAUAUUUCUGUGAGCAGAUCAGCAAGAGUGAGUUGGUGCAAUUUUAGGAUUUAUCCUAAAUUCCAUUAGGGAUAGAUAAUAAUAGUCCACUAGAUGGCACCAGUAGCAUUUUUCCAGAGGACUAAAGCAAACAUUAAAUGAGACAUAGAUCUUAUUUAAAUACUGCGUUCAAUAUGGCUUUGUUUGCUUUAUCAUGACUCAGAGGUGUGGAUCAUCUAGGCCAUCUCCUUGAAGCACAGGAGUGGAUUUUCCUGAGGGUAGUACACCUUUUAUCCACAAUUUCCUUAGUGAUAAGGCCAGCAAAUACAUUUAAACUGCAUACAGAGCUGUACUAACUAGCUAGCAAAACAAGACGACAAUUGCAUAAGCUGUCAUGUAUAGAUUAACCAGUUGGGUAUAUAAAACCAUGUAGAAGAUCAAAUGUCUUUUUUUUAAGUACUAAGUAUUGGAUUGUAUUGGUUUAUAGCCUAAUCCACAAUUCUGUUUUAUCACUGUUUUACGGAGAAAAUUGCAUCAGAUUGCAAUAUUAUAUCAGCUUAAUGGCCCUUUAAGGGGUUUACUUGGAUUGAUAAAUUAAUGCGAGACAAGGGCAUGUUAAAACAGUAAAGAUAUAUCAAAUAUGUUGAUGAAAAAACAGUCUAAGAAUGCACAUUAAGAUAAUUUUGCCGAAGCAAUACCCACAGCUUUAUCUGUUUAUGGCUGUUGUAACUGUGAAAUACUUGCUUCCAUACUACACCUUAAACUGUAUCUUCUUUAAUAAUUGCCCUUCUGUUUGCUUCUGCGUGUUUAGAUAUGCCCAGCUGCACUACACCUGUCUAGCACUGAUCAAUACUACUGCAAAUUAGUCACUUAUACACACACAGACCCAUAGAGUGAGGGUGAGAAGCAGAGUUCAUUAA